AACCACCCCACCUGAGGAUGAUAUUCUCAGAAGAACAAGCAAUGCGCAGCUCUCUGCUAGAUGGGUAUCUCUGCUGAAGCUCCCUGAACUGCAGAACAAAAACACAUAGCAGCAAGGUUUCGUUGGAGCAGCAUUAUUCCAAACUCUGCACAACAAUGCUGCCAGCUAUGUCUUCGUCUUUGGAGAACAGUCAAACUGGGAGAUUGUUGGCCAUCCUAGAGGAGUGGGACAAAUCAUCUGACCAACACACAGACAACACUAAGAUGUACUUCCUGCUUUUGUUCAUCAAGUUUGGACUGGAAACAGUAGUUUUAUAUGCAUGCAACCCCAAAAAGUAUAAAUACUUCCCGAGUGUCUUUGGCCUGUCUAUUGUCCUGGUUGAUUUUCUUCUUGCAAGUUUAAUGGGAGCUGCCUUGGUCCUUGGAGCUGAGAAGUCUCUAGCCUCACCCUGCUUCCUCUUGGCCAAUGCCUCAACAGCAUAUGGAGCUCUGCCACUCCCCAUUAUGCUCCUGGGCUUUGUGGACUACUGCUUAGAGGACAUAUUAAUGAGCAACCAUUCAGUUUUCUGGAAAACACUCAGGAAUGUCAUCCUGACACUGCUGGUUUGGGUAGUUGCUGUUAAUUACUCCUUUCAUUCCAGUUAUGUUGAGCCUGUGGAACUGGAAUCUGUGACGCGGAAAGUGCUUGUCUGUGAAGUGACAGAGUCAAGCCUAAUCUCAGCCUUUAUUUUGGGACUUUUCACUUUGAGCCUCCUAACGAUGGUGCCAUUUUGUUUAAGAGCACCUCAGUGGGGGAGAGAAGUUGACGAGCCGCUUGAAGCUCGGGAGAAACAGAGGAACGUGGGAAGUGACCUGUUCUUAAUAUCAAUCUGGAAUCCCAAACCGGUAAUAAAUGCCAGACUAGAGGAACAUCUGGAUAACAGGCUAAUGAACCUUUCAUUAUGGUUAACAAAACUGCUGAGAUUUUUAUUUUUCUGGACGCCACAUCUGGUGAUGUCUGCUUGUUGUAUGAUCUUUGGCUUUGGACUACCUGCAUACCUCGGAUUCAACCUUCUGUGGCUUGAGUGCUCCAACGGCCUCCUGGUUGGUUUGGUGUUUUGGGCAAAGUGCAACACAAAGGGGGCUUACAGCAGUUUACCAGAGAACGUUUGCUUAUGGCACGUCUACUGGGAUUUGAGCAGAGAUAUACAGCCUGUUCUGCCUGUGGCUGUGCUUAAUCCCUCAUGUAAAAAGAAAAACAUUUCCCUUAACGUGUAGAAACAGAACAACAAGAACCCCUAAUGUUGUAGAUUACAUAAAGAUAAUCUCGGGUAAGAAUUAGACAGUGAUCUAAAUCUGUGGCCGAUGCUUCAGUCUUCUCAUAGUUGAAUGUUUUUAAUAGCGCCGUCAUAUUUAAGCUAUUUUACGAUUUAGCAGUGUAAUGCCCAUGAAAUGUCACAAGCCAGUGUCCUGAAGGGGGCAGCAAUGCACCCACAGGCACCCAGCCUACAUAAAAAGCAGUGAUGGGCAGUAGCGCCGCUACAUGUAGCAAAGCUAUUAGUUUAACUACAUGUUCCAGUAGCUUGACCGUAGCGUUGCUGCUUUAUUUAUCAAGUAACUUUCCUGUAGUGACG